AUGCGACCGCGUAAACCCGAGGUGCGUGCCUCCCGCAUCCGCCGUUUCCAAAGUGAUAUAAAGGGCAUCCAAGGCAGCGAUGACGGCUACGCGGUUAGAAGUGAGCACGGCAGCGGCGAGGGAGGGAUACUCGCGACGGACGCGGCACAACUCAUGGAGCGGAUGCGACGCCGCUCGGAUGAGCGCCGAAAGGCGGAGGUGCGUGUGGGCGAGCGUGAGGGAUGGAUCAAGGCGCACUACGCCGAAACCUCAGCCGGUGUGCGGUUUGACAAGGACGACGUCCUAGCGGGCCUCAUCGCGGACACAAAGUCCAGCUUCCUCAAACUAGACCAGGAACUCUCGGAGGAUCACAGGAUCGCGACACAGCGUCUGCACGCCGCCGUCUUUGCCCAUACCCCAGAUUUUUUGCAGCUCUUUCGUGACGUGAAUCGCGCGAGUACACUGGUGGAGAGUUUAAAGGGUCGCGUGCAGGGAACGAAGGCCGCCAUAUCUGCCAUUAGUAAAUUUAGUGUUUACUUCGCUGGCGCCGGUGACGGGGAAAACCGUGCCGUCCCGGAGACGUUUGGUGUGCCGCUGCUCUGCGGUGGUGGAUGUGGGGUCAACCGCGGCACCACCGCCGUUCUUAGCGGUGGCAAUAGUAGCAAUAGUGUUGUGAAAGCGCGCGCGAGGCCGAGUCUCAUUUCUGUGCGGCUGAUGCGAGGGGACACUUCUGCCGCCAACUUACAUGGUGACAGCAGUGCCACUAACACGCGCGUCCACCACUACGAGGGAAACAACAGCGGCACCAGCAGUAGCGUUGAAGUUGCCGCGGGUGGCGGAGGUGUGGUGGGCAGCGGAGGCGCUCGGCCGGUGGUUACAACCCGGUCUUUGAAUACGCCGUCAGUGCGGCUCUGGCGUGAAGCGACUCUGGCAGUUGGGGGCACAUCCGCCUCGAUGCAGCGGCAUCGUCAGCGGUGGUUGGACUUGGAUAGAAACCGUGGGAUGCCGAGUUCGCAGGACAUUGGAAUGUUUGCGGAUGUGCUGCGGGAUGAGGUGAUUCAACUCCUGGCGGGACGGCGUUACCUUGAGGCAGCGGAAUUGCUACGCGGCGUCGAGGCGGCGGCCGUUACAAAAGGAUGCCUUCCACUUAUUUUGAGGCUAGAUGAGCUGCUCGUAGGUGUUAUACGAACCCACCUGCUGCGUUUACCGAUGCCCCUCAUGUACAGUGAAAGCUUGCAUAUUCCCCUCGUUCAGCUGCUGCUGCGGCUUGGUAGAGUGCACACAGGGACGCAACUCUUCUUUCAACUUCACGCCGCAUGGGUGGAUGCGGAGAUGGAUGAGCUGCAACUGCGCAUGGAUCCAAUGCACGGCGCAUUGAUCGCCAGUGACUUUCUCGUUGGAGCAGUGCAAGAGGUGUUGCUGCGGCAGCAAAAUUUAUGGAAUGCCGUUGGCCUCAAACCUGAGGGGGCACCCCACGAUGCUGACAAGGAUGGGUGGAGUAGAAGGGAGGAGGAGAAGGCCUCACACGGCGCCACUUCUACUUCUACUGCUUGUGGCAACAACGAUAGCAGCCACCGUGGCCGCAAAAUUGACGGCGGUAAAGGCGGGGCAAGCGGUGAUUCCAAUGGGACGACCCAAACUGGCGUGUUUACAAUGCCACCGAACUCUGCUGCCGUACUCUGGGUGCGGGAACGCGUCGACAAACUCGCACGGGAGUUGCUGGGAACCAGGGCACUGAGUUACGGCAUUGGCGCUGAGGGGGGUGACCCGUCGCGGUUUUGCCGCGCUGUAAUGAUGGCAGCUGACGCGAUUCGUACCGUGCGGCGAAUGGAUGACUCGGGAUACGCCGGAUGCGACACCCACUUGCUGCGCCUGCUGACCCCAAGCCUUGUUUACCUGCAGGCAGACUUCAGCGUGUGCACGGACAGUCGUCUUGAAAGCACGGGCCUGGCAAUGGUGGAGCAUCUCAUCCGGGACGCGCGGCUGAUGUAUGAGACUCGUGAGGCCGCCUACAACCCUAAGCUCUGUGAGGAAGUCGCACGCCGAAGCAAUCGCGGCUGCCGCGAGCUGCAGCAGCGUCUGCGACAUCUUCCCCGCACCUCGUAUGCCGUGUUGCUGGAAUUCCUCCUUGCCCCAGCUUCCUCAAGUCUCUUUACGCAACAGGGCAGCGGGGGUGAAAUCUCGUCACCGCUGCCUCAGCAGCUGAGACAGUCUUUAUCACCGGAGAAGUACACCUUUUUGCGUUACGCCAACGGCUGUACACACGCCCACGGCCUUCUCCUUUCUUCACUGAUUCGGUUUGUGGCGGCCAUGACAGGCCAGGAAUCACUGCCGUUGGAGCGCAAGGAAAAACAGAAAACACACGAACCAACUGAUAAACUGCGAGAAAACCAGUUGGAAUGUGUGACAUUUCUCUUUUCCAAUGCCCUCGUGUUAGAGUCCCUGGACAUUACGAUGCAGCGUCUUUUCCUUUCGUUUCUGCGAACAACACUACGACAGCGGCAAACGUUAGUGUCAUUUUUGCGCUCUGCGUCGUUCAUGGACAUGCAUCGCCAGCUAUUUGGAGUUGCGGGGGAAUCCACCGCUGCAGCCUCACCUGUCUUCUCCACAAGGUGGUUGCUUGGCGCCAUGCAGCUGCUCCUAGCAGAUGUCUUGAGUGCGUCUGUCUGGGUGGCUUUUCUCUCUCGCGGUGGGGCCCUGUCCUACAUGCUGCGUGCUGCGGCGCUGGCAUUUUGCUCACAGUACCUGGAGGAACUGCGUCGUGUGUUGCCGCGUCUCGUGCAGGGGUGGAUGGCUGCUGUACUGAGCCUGGCGCACAACCUCGACACUGCGGACAAACUCCUCAUUGGGGAUGCUGCCCCUCUGUUUUCUUCUUCUUCUGCUGAUGCUCCAGCACCUGCUGGGAAGGAGGCCACCGCCGCGGGGCUGCGGAGGGGCCGCGCCACCUCAACUGUGGCCGCUUCUGCUGCAACUUACUUGGAGGGGGGAAACGACUCACACGAUGCUGUUGCUCAGCUACUCCAGGCUGCGGCCGUCGAUGAGGCACAACUUAUGCCCUUUUUGCUGAGCCUCGUGUUCGACCAAUUCUCGACACGCGGCGAUAGGGAACUGGGGGCAGCGCAGUCUGAUGCGCCAGACCAGCCCUCACCCCCACUACUGCUGCUUCCGCUUGGUAGUUUGCGUGAGACGCUAGGCAACUACCCACGGUUCCCCAUUGGCGGUGAUUUUGACUACAACGACGAGUUGUUUCUCUUUCACUGGUGCGUGCAGAUCUCGCUGAACACGCUUGCGUUCUUUCAGGAGCACCUGGUUCUACCAAGCCACGUUCUGAAUGAGCAUUGGUCAGCACAGCAGCACAGCUCUCCCACAGCGGGGACGAGUCAGGAUGGAGCGACGGUGGGAUCACGGUAUCCUCUGCGGGGCUGCGUCUCUCCGCAGGAGGAAUCGGUGCUCGGGGCAUUGGCUGCAGGCGGAGGGAACUACGUAAGCGGGACGGCACUCCUGCAGUUUGUUGUUUUUCGUCUGCUGCGCGACGUGCUGUGCCAUGUCGAGACAUGGAGUACCGUGUACGGUCGUCCUCCGGAGGAAUGGCGUCAAUCCGAGAGCAUACUGAGACAACAGCUCUUUUUCUUUGCCCUCUUUAUCCGCAUCUGGUCGCCGCUCUUCGUUGGCAGGUCGAGGCCAACGCCACAGGGGGGAGCAGCGACGACAAACCUGAACGACAACAUUGACGGCGCACCAGCGCUGGUGAUUUUGCAGUGGCUGACAUGUGCCACGAAGGCGUCGGGAGUUGAAGCUGGGCGUUCAGAGCCGCCACAGCGGUGCGGUUUUGAUGUAGAGGGCUUGGCGUUUUCUUCGGCUGCCGUGGGCGCAGCGGCCGCAUCUCCGGCCGUGCGGGGUCGGGGCGCCUGGAGGACUCAGCAGACCAGCGUCAACAGUGGUGAAUGUAGGCAAGAAUUGGGGGCCAGGGAAGAGGAGGCGACGCCUUUUUUAAGCGAAAGCCCCGCUGGUCUCCCAUUACCAACGGGCUGCAAUGCAGCCGCGAACACGGACGGCGAUGUCAUGGGGCCUAGCCUGCUGCUACUUGACAUGAUUAGCUCUUUUUUUGAUGCGCUGCAGGAGCCACGGGCGAUGCUGGCGAUCAACUCCGAGGUCACGCAGACCCGGGUGGAGAGGGUUGUGACGUCCGUCGACCUGGCCGAGUUUGCCCGGAAGGUGGGACUAAGCGAGAGCGACGAGGAGGAUGAUGAAUAUGAUGACGAGGAGGGAGAUGAUGGUGAUUCUGUUGGGAGCAGCAGCAGCAGCAGCAGCAGUAGCGGCGGGACAAGCACGGCAAGGACUGGUGUAUUGGCGCCAUCACCACGGACUGCGGGUACGAAAGAGGCGUCGUCACGGUCCCGAGUGACAUUGCUGCAAGUGCACGACCUCCUCGUGUACUAUUUGGCUCCGCUUCUUUGA